AUGGACACCCCUGCCAAAACCGACACUCACGAUGGCAUCAAACUUGACACUCUCAACGAGAUAGUCGUCGAUCAUGUUGAACCGCUGAAUCAGAUCUCAGAGGACUUCAUCAUCAAGCAAGAUACGGUGUUUGGGCCUGAGCAAAGACACCUACAGCUACGCACCAAUUCUCAGCUACGCAACAACCUACUCUUCCGUGCCCAAAAGGUUCUUGAGGCUAGAGUGCACCUGAACGAGCAUGAAUGGACCGAGAUUGAGACUCCCAUCCUGUUCAAGUCGACGCCAGAGGGUGCGAGAGAAUUUCUCGUUCCGACGCGGGAAAAAGGGCUGGCAUAUGCACUUCCGCAAAGCCCGCAGCAGUACAAACAGAUCUUGAUGGCUUCUGGUCUUACAAAGUACUUCCAAUUUGCGAGAUGUUUCCGCGAUGAGGAUCUUCGGGCUGAUCGCCAACCGGAAUUUACUCAGCUCGAUAUGGAAAUGGCGUUCGCAGGCGAAGAAGACGUGAUGGCACAGACAGAGCGUCUGCUGCAAUCAAUUUGGAAGAAAAAUGACAAAGGAGAACGAUUUCCACGCAUGAAGUAUCAGGAGGCCAUGUCUUCGUACGGUUCUGAUAAGCCGGAUUUGCGAUACGAAGCCAAAGUAAUAGACGCUUUUAAGAUCCCUAUGUCUGGCGACCCCAAGACGACUCGCAAAUUCGUCGCCUCCUUCCUUGACAGCCCUGACGGUAAAGUAUAUCUCGACAACCCACAUGGCCAGCCCGGCAUAUUCAUUGGAGACCUCUCGCAGCCCAUGCAAGGCCUCGGACCUCUGGGCUAUCCAUACGUGAUGGAAGGUCCUCCUGGCCUCGCAGUCGAACACGGCGACCUCCUCGUCCUUCAAGCACGCCCCAAUGCCCCCCUAUCAGGCGGCUCAACGAUGCUAGGAAACCUUCGUCUAGCACUUUACAAAGCCGCAAUCGCCCAGGACCUCAUCGACCCGCCAAGUCCCGACGACUACCAAUUCCUCUGGAUCACUGACUUCCCUCUCUUCACACCAAACAACGACUCUGACCCCGGCCAAGGUGGCUCAUCGGGCUUCUCAUCAACCCACCACCCCUUCACUGCGCCCAAAACACCCGCCGACGUCGACCUUCUCCUCACUGACCCCUCGCGUGCCAUAGCCGCACAUUACGACAUCGUCGUCAACGGCGUGGAACUAGGCGGCGGCUCGCGCCGAAUCCACAACGCCGCGGUCCAGGAAUUCAUCUUCCGCGACGCGCUCAAAAUGAAGCCCGAGCGCAUCGAAGACUUUAGACACCUGCUCAAUGUGCUGGCAUCCGGGUGUCCGCCGCAUGCGGGUAUUGCGUUGGGGUGGGAUCGGUUGAUUGCUGUUAUGAGGGGAAGUGAGAGUGUGAGAGAUGUUAUUGCGUUCCCGAAGAGUGGUAGGGGCGAGGAUGGGUUGGUCAAGAGUCCGAAUAGAGUUACGGAGGAGCAGUUGGAUACGUAUCAUUUAAAGUUGAAGGAAUAG